AGCGUAACAAUGUUAUAGCACAGUUGAAAGCAAGAAGGGAAGACACGUUACUCCGCGAGGAGACGAAAAAAAGAAAGAGAGAAGAGACAGAGCGAGAAGAGAAGAGGUGUAAAUUGAAAACAUCGGAGGUAUACUUAGAUGACAGUGUUGGUGAAGCUCCUAAGCCCGAGUCAAGACCGCCACCUAGCUGUAGCCCCAAAAACGAACAGCCAAACAAACUCUACGUGCCGUCCAAAGAUGAUCUGAACACGAUUCGGCUGUCUAGGGAUCACCUAGAAAAAAUGAUAGAUAUGCCAUUUUUUGAAAAAAACCGCCAUUGGCUGCUAUAUAAAAAUUGGUGUUGGUCAACAGGGAUUUGACCCUAUUUACAUAAUUGCUGAAAUAUUUGGAGUGUACGAAACAGCUAAGAUGUAUAUGUUAGGGAGAACUAGAACGAAUAAGGGCUUUAAAGUUCGAAUUGAAAACGAAUAUCGGGUCUACAGAUUUGAAUUCGUUUCUAAUCAGGACAUCAAUGCUGGCGAGUACCACCAAUGGCUUGUAACGAACAUACAAGCAAAGCAGCCUUUUCCAACCAGACAGCAUGUGGAACAAAAAAAAGCGGAUAUCGAAGAGGCGAUGAAUUAUGAAUUCAACGACCAGGAUAUUGAAAGAAUCAUCAAAGAAAAAGAAAGAUUCAAACAAAAUCCCCGCAAUUUUGCUAUGGAAAAGAGAAGAUUAGCGGAAGAAAGAGAAUUAGCCCGUACCAAUGGAGAUAUCCACAGGGCCAAUGAAUUGGAAAUGAGGCUGUUUGAGUUGGAGCAAAGAGCUUCUGAACUUGAUAUGGUCAGGACCUCCACAAUUACUAGUAUCGCUUAUAUAAACGAUCGGAAUAGGAGGAGAAAUACCGAAGAAGCUGAAAAAGCCAUUAGGGAGGAACACGCUGCAAGUAACGGGAGAAAGGUUUAUGAUCCUUUUACUAGGCGUUCCACGAAACCUACCAUGACUUUGAGACACGCAGAAGAGUCACUUCCUGAACUUGUUCCAGAAAUGGCACCACCUGCACCAAGGGUAGUACCCAAACCUCCACCACAACCAAGUACGGUUGAAAACAACGAUCUUUUUGAAGCUCAUGACUUCGAACUGAAUCUUGAUAUAAAAAUUGAUCCUCAACCAGCAUUACCAGAAUCCGAAAUGAGGCUGAUCCUCAAGAUUGCGAUAUUUUUCCUAACGAAAUCAGAAGGAAAUUAACGAAUUGCAAAUCCUUCAAAAUUGCAUAGAUGGCUACAAUGAAAUUC